CAGACUAUCGAAUACUUAUCGAACACAUGGUGCCCGCUUUUUUUUACUUGUAAAUAAAUAGCAUAACUCCCUGGGUAAAAGCAAUAAAUGCUUAUGCUUCCUCAACUGCAACGUUUGGGAUUGUUUGUGAGCCGAAGGAUCCUGGGAACUAAGAGCUUCAUCAGCUCCAAUUCAACUGCCAGAAUGAGCAGCACUCCAGACGUUCCUGGCUUGGACACGGACAUCGUGUGGAUGGACCUGGAAAUGACCGGGCUGGACAUCGAAAAGGACAAGAUCCUGGAGGUAUCCUGCAUCAUAACGGACAAGGACCUAAACGUAAGGUCCGAGGGCCCCUGCUUCGCCAUCAACCAUCCGCAGGAGGUGUACGACACGAUGAACGAGUGGUGCAUGAAGCACCACUACGAAUCUGGGCUAAUAGAUCGGUGCAAGGGCUCGGAUGUAAAGCCCGAGCAGGCCUCCGGUCUUGUGCUCUCCUUUCUCGAGAGGAACAUACCAAAGCGCGCCUGUCCCCUCGGCGGAAACUCCGUCUACAUGGACCGACUGUUCAUCCAGAAAUUCAUGCCUCAGGUGGACGAAUACCUGCAUUAUCGCAUCGUGGAUGUGUCCACCAUCAAGGAACUGGCUAAGCGGUGGUGUCCUGAGGUGGCCAAUUCCGCUCCCAAGAAAGUCUUCGCCCAUCGCAGCCGGGACGACAUCCUGGAGAGCAUAAAUGAGCUCAAGUACUACAAAGCGAACUUCUUCAAGUAAAAAGGUAGACUGUCCUCCGUAGUUCAUCCAUCGUUAUGUAAAAUUUUAACUUAAAAUUAAAUUUUCACUUAGCUAGUUUCAAAAAUGUAUGAUUUAAAGACCUCUGUUGAUAGGAGUAAAGUUCACAAUAGUGAUUUAAAAUUAUACAUCUCAAAACUUAUUCUUUUAAAUCACUUUUAUAUAUUUAAAUGCUUAAAAUGAUGGCAGUAUCAAACAAUCAUAUAUUUUUAAUAUCAAUUUAAUAUUCAUUUAGAAUAUCGAAAAAUUCUUCUAUACGACCACUUGUUAUCUAAUCGCUACAAAUGUAAACCUCAGUGAGGAAAACAAAGUACAUUCGUUUCGACCAAAUAAGAACAGUGUGAAAUAUGAGAAUGGGCUUAUAUUUAUUGGCAAGAGCAUUAUGUAAAAAAAAGAUACACAAUAGCGUUUACUGAAUUUUCCGUAUAUGCACGGAGAAGCAGAACUCUAUCAUAAGAAAUAAGAAUACGAUGGCAAUAAAGAAUUCAAUGCUAGUA